AUGGCUCUGGGAACGGUCCGCUUUCUACGAUGGGGCAUGGACUUGGUCACAGGGUAUCGUCAUUCACAUCGACGCGACGUACACUCCUCUCGCUUCCGAAUGACCGAACAAAAAUGGAUUACAAGAUUCAUUUUCCUAGAAAGCGUUGCGGGAGUUCCUGGGAUGGUAGCUGCUAUGCUACGACACCUAAAGAGCCUGAGGAGGAUGAGGCGGGAUUAUGGAUGGAUUGAGACACUCCUAGAAGAGGCCUAUAAUGAAAGGAUGCACCUUUUAACCUUCCUCAAACUAUCCCAACCAGGCCCUGCCAUGUACUUCAUGGUCCUAGCAGCACAGACCGUCUUCUUUACGGGGUUUUCUCUCGCCUACCUGAUUUCUCCCCGGAUAUGCCACCGAUUUGUCGGGUACCUGGAGGAGGAAGCCGUGAUCACAUAUACCAACGCAAUCCAGGAGCUUGACAGGGGAAACCUACCCCUUUGGAGCAACAUGGAGGCUCCUGCAAUGGCAGUCAAGUACUGGCAGAUGCCCGAGGGCCAACGAUCUAUCCGUUCUCUGUUGUUGUAUGUACGUGCUGACGAGGCGAACCACCGGGAUGUCAAUCACACGCUUGGGAGUUUAAACCAGGAUAGGGAUCCGAAUCCGUUCUCGGCUAAGUUCAAGAACGCGAUCAAGGAGGCCAGCCAGCCAUUGUCCCCCAUGAAGGAGUAUCGUUGA